AUGUUUAGUGGCAUCCUUUUAUUUUUAUCAGGUUGUAUUAUAGCAGGACUUUUUACCAGCUCCGGCUUAUUUAAAAAUUAUAAAGCUGGUGUUGGUGGACAUGUUGAAGCACAAUUAAAUGGAAUGUUUCUAUUGUUAAUUGGUGUUUCAUGGGAUCAUCUAUAUUUAAAUGAUAGAUGUAAAUUAAUUAUAUAUGUAUGCUUACAACUAACUGGAUGGAUUCACCCAAUGACGUAUUAUUGGGUUGCAUAUACAGGGCGUCAUUAUCAUAUCUUACGACAAGCAACAAUAGAUGCAAAAACACUACCCUCUAAUUUGGAAGAAUUUCUAUUUAAUUUUGUAUUAAUUGGAAUUGUUUCUGGCUCAAUGAUGGUAGCAUUAAUUUUAUUGCUAUGGGGACUUAGAUUUGGCAAUUCAAAAAGAGAAAAUGAACUUGAAGUGAAAAACCAAUAA